CAGCAGCAAAGCAGCUCAGAGAUGGAGUAGGACCUGUGCACAUACACACUCUUACACAUAUUCUUAAUAACACCGCCUAGCUCCAACUGAAGCGCAGCCAUGCAGGAAUCUCCUGGCUCUAUUGGUGUGGAUGGAGGUUAUGCCAGUAAUGUGCCUGCCUUCCUCACCAAACUGUGGACCUUGGUCGAGGACCCGGACACCAACCACCUCAUCUGCUGGAGUGCUACUCCACAAUCUGGCUUACAGAGUCCUCAAAAUACUGGGACCAGCUUCCAUGUGUUCGACCAGGGCAGGUUUGCCAAAGAGGUGCUGCCAAAAUACUUCAAACAUAACAACAUGGCCAGCUUUGUUCGUCAGCUCAACAUGUAUGGCUUCAGGAAGGUGGUGAACAUAGAGCAGAGUGGUCUGGUGAAGCCAGAGAGAGACGACACAGAGUUUCAGCACCUCUACUUCCUGCAAGGCCACGAACACCUGCUGGAGCACAUCAAGAGGAAGGUCUCCAUCGUGAAGAGUGAAGAGACCAAAGUACGGCAGGAGGACUUGAGUAAGCUGCUGUAUGAAGUGCAGGUACUGCGCAGCCAACAAGAGAACAUGGAGUGUCAGAUGCAAGACAUGAAACAGCAGAAUGAGGUGCUGUGGAGAGAGGUGGUCUCGCUGAGACAGAACCACACCCAGCAGCAGAAAGUCAUGAACAAGCUGAUUCAGUUCCUUUUCAGCCAGAUGCAGUCAAACACAACAAGCACUGUAGGAAUGAAGAGAAAGCUUCCCCUUAUGUUGGACGAUGGCUCAACCACGCCCUCAGCCUCCAAGUUCAGCCAUACCCACCAAAUGGAGCCCCUGCAUGAACCGUUCUAUAUCCAGUCGCCAUCCACAGAAACAGCCUCUUGCUCCAAUGGUGCAAUGACAGGAGGACCAAUCAUAUCAGACGUUACUGAAAUGUCACAACCCAGCAACAUGCAAAUGCAAACAGAGGAGACAAGGGAUAAGUGUAUGAUGCUGAUCAAAGAGGAGCCAGGGAGCCCAGGGGUGCGAGGCCGGGGGGAGGGGGUCCCACUGGGCUCCUGUGAUGUGUGUUCUGAACCCCCCGUCCUCCCUGUUGCCAUGGUACAAUCCGUCCUGGAGGGCCGAGGGUCUGGAGCAGACAGGAGGCUCAAGAGACCUGCUCUGGAGAGGCCUGAGGUACCUGAUGCUGAAGAGAAUGUGGACAUGAGUCUGGAGGACCUGCAGCUUCUCCUGAGGACCCACCAGCAGAGUGUGGAGCCCACCACUGCUGUCAUGGAUCCAUUCAAUUUCAACCUGCCCUUGAGUGAGUGGAACUUUACUGAUAUGGAUUCCAACCUGAAGUCAUACAUGUUUCAGAGCCAGGAGGCAGAGGCUUACCCCAACGCUGGUUGUGAGGAACAAUGAUGGCUUGACAGAUCCACUGGCACAUGCUUGUCCUGACAAAGGCAGGCCAGAAAACAAGACAUUCCUCAAGACUCUCAGAUUUGUUCCAUCCCCUGUCGUCAUGUCUUAGAUCCAGCCUACCUGACCCAAUGUGAGCAGAGCAGGAGGGAUUCUUGUCACUCAGAGCUCUGUGGGCCUAUCUUCCAUCCACUAGGAUGUCCGUUCUGGGGAGUUUUCUUCAGAAGCACUGUAUAGCUUUUCAGAGAACCAGAGUUGAAUCUAUUUGGAAUUAUUCAGACUUCUUUCACUGAUGUUCAACAGUUUUACUGGUGGGGACCCUGGCAGUUGUCACUUCAAAGGCUGACCGCAGGACAUCCUAACAUAAGCAAUGGCUUCUCUCCUAAAGCUGGACUGAUCUACAGUCAGAGAGCCUGACUGAGGGAUCUCAAUUCAUAACAGACCAACCGACCAGUUGACAUUUCAAGGAUAAAUUCCGAGUACAAAAGUGGAGUUUGGAGUAUAACCGGCACUAUUACGAAGUUCCAAUAUUCUCUGCCAUCGUGCCAGCGGUAGUAUGAAAAGUUGCAUUAUACCACGGUGGCCCUGGUUUGUAAGCACUUUAGUCUGUGUGAGAGUUUCUGCUUGUGGAGCUGUUUUUUUUCUAAAUAGCAUAUUUGGUUCUAUAAAAAUAUUCUCAUGGCAAAUACUAUAUUUGUAUUUUAAAAUUAUAUUCAUAAGAUAACAGAAAUAGUGUUAAUUCUCUUCUGUAUGUUUUAAUGUGAGAAGUCUAGGAAAUAUUUGAUGAUAGACUUCCCAUUUGAAAAAACAAUGAAGACACCAUACCUUG